AUGGAUACUGCAUCCAGUGCCAAUCUACAGGAAGGAAAUUCGACCCUCAAUGUCGAAAGAAGCAAUGUUGAAGAAGAAGUUGUGCCUGAGCUGGAACGUGACGAGAAUGGUCGCAGUGGGGAAACAAGUGACUUCUCCGUGGCUUCUCAUCCGGAAGCGGCUGGACCUUCCACAAUGGGAACAACUGGAUUUGAAGAUGAAUCAAGUUCAUCCGACAUUGCUGAGGAGCGAAGUGUGGAUGCAGAAGUGCUCUCAUCGCUUGAAGAACGAAUAGUGCAGCUUGAAAGGACUUCAGAAGCUUCUGUCGAGCACAGCAACAUGGAAGCACAAGUGCUUUGCGAUCUGAAAGCUCGAAUCGUACAGUUGGAACAGAAUUCAGCUGCCGUUGUGGAGUACAGUAAUGCGGAAGCAGCAGCACUGACUUUCAAGAAAUUCCACCCGAACAAACUGCAGAAGUCUGAACAGAUUGCUGUUGAUCACGAUAUGAAGAACUUCUCAAUGUACGACAUCUUCCACGAUAUUGUACUUCAACCUCACAUGCCACUGGAAAGUGUAACGAGCUGCUUCGUUAAGCAGUUUUGCACGAAGGUGAGUUCUUUCAACACCACAAUUCACAUUAAAUAG